UCACGCCACGCGCACUGUAAACAACGAACAGCGGGGAGCCACGUCCGAUUCGAGUUCAACUUCACAACAAACAAACAACAACAACAACAACUUUACUGCCGUGUCGGCCAUUACACCCGUUAUACGACGCAACGACAAGCCCCCAGCGCACGCUGUCAACCGCAUCUUGUUGUUAAAAAUCAGAAUCGCAUUUUCCGAUUGACGCUGCACAACAGGAGGUAGUGGUGACACGUGCGUCUGUUACACGCGCCGGCUUCAAUUCGCCGCCGUCUGCUGCUGCUGCUGCUGUUGUUGUUAUUGUUGUUGUUAUUGUUGCGAUGUCCGCCGCCGGAGACCUCUCUCCCCUGGCGCUGUCCGGCUGGCGCCUCGUGCUGUCCGAGGCGCGGGACGCCGCCGUCUUCGUGGACGCGGCGAGCGCCGAGUCGCUGCACUGGACGGGCGGAGCCGGGGGGGACGCGGGGCCUUGGCGAGCCGGGGCCGCGGCCCUCAGGGCCUUCCCAGGACGGAGGGACGAUGUCCACCAGCAGCAUCAGCAGCAUCAGCAGCAGCCGACCAAGGUUGUCUUCGCGCUCAGCUCCCCCGUGCUGCUCGGAGGCCGCGUGGCCGCGUCGUUGCGGGACGUGUUGGUGUCUGUCGGCGGCGUCCACCAUUGCGUCGUGUUCACGUCCGUGAGCCACGCCGCGCACCUUGACCUCCUCCAGCAGCAGCAGCAGCAGGGUGGAGGUGGAGGAGGAGGAGGGGGACUGGGUGCCGCAGCAGCAGCAGCAGCGGCAGCAGCAGCCUCAAGCUCAGCAGCAGACGGCGAGCCCCGGCCCGUGCUGUUCGAACUCCUCGAGCAACACCUGCGCCAGUGGAUGAGCGGCAGCGGUGGUGGUGGUGGCGGUGGUGGUGGCGGCGGUGGCGGUGGUGGUGGCGUUGGUGGUGGUGGUGGUGGUGCCGACUGCACUGCACGCGUCCUCCACGCGGCCGGCAUCGCGCUCUGCCCGCUGGCGAGCGGCGUCGUCCUCGCCCCGGCCUCCGCCUCGCUCUUCCCGCUCGUGCCGAGCGACCUGCUGCUGCAUCCGGGCGGGCUGGCCGGUGGCAGGGGCAGCAGGCGCGGUGUCAAGCAGCAGCAGCCGCAGCAGCAACAGCAGCAGAAGCAGCAAAGUCUGAACGACGUGGACGUCUCGGCGUUGCCCGCGCCCUACGCCUCGUCUCUACGCCUCCUCGCCUGGUGGCUGGACUCGGCGCUGAGGCAUCUCGGCGUGCGGGAGGAAUGCUUCGCCGUGGGCCCCACGAGUCGCCUGCUGGCCAUCGAGUUGGCCUCGCUGCCUCCCACGCGUGCCCGCAGGAAGGCCGCCACCGGCCGAGCCUCCUUGGUGCUCGUGGACAGGACGCUGGACCUGGCGGGAGCCGUGGGUCACCACGGCGACAGCCUGGCAGAAAGGAUUCUGGGAGUGCUGCCGCGCCUGCCGGGGGUGCCGAGCGACGUGGCGGUCAACAUGACCGCGUUGACGGCGCUGCGUCGGGACGGAGGCGUUCCUCCCAGGGAGGUGCUCGCGCCAGGCUGCCUGGCACAGCCCAGUGACGUUGGCGCGAAGGCCCUGUGGGAGGCCAUGCUCUACAGCAAGCAGAAGGAGGCCGUCAUGGAGGUGCGACGGCAGGUCGUGGAGCGGGCCGGCCAGGCCGGCCUCGUGCUCAAAAUGGCCAUGGGCAAGGUGACGGGCGAGCAGCUGGAGUCGUACGUGCGCGCGUUCCCCCGCAGGGACGUGGAGGGCCACGCCGCGCUGCUGCAGCUCGUGCUCGCCACGGCGCAGACCCUGGAGCACCCGGCGGGCGCUCGCAGGGAUGCGCUGCUCGCCUCCGAGAAGCUGCUGCUGCAGAUCCUGAAAGAGGGCGACUUCCCGCGCGUCCUGGGCCAGCUUCGCGCCCGGAUCAAGCCGCGGGACGAGCGCAAGGAGGGCGACUUGCAGCCCGCCGACAUCCUGCAGCUGCUCCUCUUCGUCUACUCCCUCAUUGGCUCGUCGGCCCCCGGUGGGCGGGACCAGGAGCGGGAGGAGGCGGAGCUCCAGGAGGCGCUGGGCCAGGUGCUCGCUGAGCAGGGCUGCCUGGCGGACACCUGCCGGGACUUUGCAGGAGCGGGCGAGGACGGCGCCGCCGCCACGCCGACACAAGCGGAGCGCGAGCGGCUGGCGGCCUCCGUGUUGGAGGCGCUGCGCGGAGUGGCGCGCGCGCGUCACGCCCUCAAGCGCUUCUCCAGCAUCUACGACCCCGGGGAGGGGGCACACCAGCCGGCGACGUACCGGCCUCUGCUGAAGCAGAUCCUGGAUGAGAUCUUCGCCGCUGAGCAGCCGGACAGCUCCGACAUCGAGCACAUGGCCAGUGGACUGACAGACCUACUCAAGACCGGCAUCAGCAUGUUCAUGAAGGUGAGCCGUCCCAGGCCGGCCGACCACCCGCUCGUCGUCAUCUUCGUCGUGGGCGGAGUGACGCCAGCCGAGAUCAAGCUCGUCCGCGACUCCGUGACGGCGAUGAAGGUCACGCAGCAGGUGCUGGUGAUGUCCACGCGGCUCUUGCAGCCCAGCGAUGUUCCCGUGCUCCUAUUUUCAAAGGACCGACUCAAUCCGACCGUUUAAUGCGUCAUGGGACUUGGUGCCUUUUCGUCCGUUCCGUCAUUUUGCUAUUCCUCGAGUCCCGACCAUUGGCCUUCAUUCCUUCAAGCGACAUGUCGUGCCAUAGUCCACUCUUAGUCGCCCUUUUUCUUGCGGUUCCGUUCCGAUGACGUACCCUAAAAUAACCUUAUCGGUACCGAUGCUCCCACUAGGCCACGCGGGAGGGCGUGGCACGGAUUUGGCGCCAGCUAUCGGUGUGGUCGUGUCGCUACACUUCUCCAGUGUGAGUGCUAUGUCCUUAAAAACAGCGGCGCUGCUACGCCUCUCUAAAUAAUACAACUCUGAACCACUUGCGCGUGCCGAGAUUCAGCGGUGAACGGGACACCCACCACGCGACUUGCAGACGUCUCGGAACGGCUGAAGCUGAUACGAUGAUUGUGAUUGCGACGGCUUGGGGGGGAGCCAUUCGUCCUGUAGCACUGAUCUUGGCUUAUGAUCAUUCCCGCACACAUUGGACGGACGGCUUUGCGAGUUGAUAUACCAAAGCGCGAUCGAACCUUCUCAUCUUGCCGUCAUAAUUUUGCACCAAUUAAUGGACUGCAUUUGUAUAAAAUAUAUAACUAUCUUUGCAGAUUACUGGCUAAUCUUAUACAAGACCACAUGUAGUUGAAAGUGCCUCCGUGCCCAAACCAGCCAUUGGUUAUUGAGAAAUCGAUUUCUACGAUAGAUCAACCUCUAGAAUUAUAGAUCAAAUCUAUUGUAGGACUUGUAGCUCACGUGGUAUGCGGCCACAGCACCAGGUACGCAGAGUUGCAGUCGAUGAUACUAGAAAUCCAAAUUAGCAAGAUUCUUAAUUCAAAGUUACUUUAUAAAGGGAAGGAAAAGUCGACUGAUGUGCAAUGAGUUUUACCAUCACUGCACUCAACUUCCACACGGGGACAUGGAUGUUGACAAGUUCAAAAAGGUGGAAAAGUAGUUGACUGCAUUGGACGAACACUAAACAAUUAACUUGUAACGAGCGCAAGUUCGUGGUCAAUUUGUCAGUGGAGCGCUGUGCCUCAGUCCAAAAGCCCGGAGCAGAUAUUCCAAUCGUCGGUAUCACCCGAGGUGGCCAUUGAUCGGUGUUGUCAAUAACCGUGAAUUAUGAUCUACCAUUUGUAAUGAUUAUCAAUAAACUUAAAACAAAUAAACUGGUACUGCUAGUUUUUUUUUCUCUCCACUCCAGGUGGUUCCUACUUCUGCUCUGGCUCGUGAUGUUCAUGAAUGGGUCACUGGACAUGCUCGAUGUGCAACUACAUAAACGUAAUUCUAGCCACGCAAAGCUUUAACCUUUGCGUCACAAGUGCAGAGUUGGUGUAGUGGGAAGAGUUUCGUGCAGCGACUGAAGUGAUGGUAGUUGCAUCCCGUUGAAAAUCUGGGCACUUUAAUGGAUAACAAAGUUGAACAUCCGACUGGGUUGUGUGCAGGGAAAGACGUGCGCUCCAGCAGACUUGCACAACUUUUUCUGAACGGGGAUAAAACCAUGGGUAGGAUGGCGCAAAGUGAAUGUGAACGCCAAGCUUUGCCGUGUGACCUUCUAAACUGCAACAUUGUCAAUGGAAAUAAACUUUGGUUUAAAAUGUAAUGAACCGUUUCAACUAUUUGCAUGCACUACAGGUAAUUACCACAAAGUGGCCAGCCUUGAGAUAAGCCGU